GGUGGGGCUUCAAGGCAGCGGUGUUGAAGCAGAGGAGGUUCACGACGGAGUUGCGCGGUGAUAUAACCUCUGUGAUCGCAGAAUACAAGAAGUCCCUGGUGGCUGAACAUGCAUGCAUUAGGGAAUAUACCUCCCGUCCUGGUGAACAUGUGCUGCUUACAGAUCGUUAUGUGGAUCCACUCAUCAUCCAGAGACAGAGAGAGAAGAAAGAGAAAGAAAAAGAGAUUCGCUAUAGAGGAGAAGAUUUCCACCAUGCUAGAACCUACCAUACAGGCCACCAUAUUACUGUUGACAAGCUGUUCAGUAAAGAUGAUGGCCCAAACAGUGUGCCUCCAAAAGCUGUUAUUCUGCAAGGCAACUCUGGAAGUGGAAAGUCUUUCACAGCACAAAAGAUCCUUUACGAAUGGGCUAAUGGAAAUCUCUUUGCAGGAAUCUUUGAUGUAGUCUUUCACCUGAAGUGCUCAGAUCUCAAUGAUAUUGCGGGAGACAUAAGUCUGGUGGAGCUUCUGAACUGCAGUGAGGAAAUGGCUCCGAUCUUAAGGAAAAUACCAGAGAGAGUACUUUUCUUGGUUGAUGGGUUCGAUGAACUCAGACUUUCGCUGCCUAAAAAGCCAUUGCCUGUCAAAGCAGACAUCAAAGCCAAGCCUGGUGCUGUUCUAAGCUCCCUUCUGAGGGGAUGCAUGUUGCGGCAAGGUCAGUAGCGGCAAAAAAACUAACAAAGCUAUUCAAGCAUCCACAGCGCUUUACUGAGAUCAUGGGCUUCUCUGAGAACGGGAUACAAGAGUACUUUCAAAAUUUCUUUGAGAACGAUGAGCGUUCCAGACAAGUGUAUGAAGAAGUUAAGGCAAAUGGAACACUUUACGCAGCCUGUUCCAUUCCAGUCAUGUGCUGGCUUGUCUGCAGUGUCUUUAAGGAAAAGAGCAAAAUGAGCAAAAGGAUGAAUAAAAGUGGAUUCAGAAGUACCACCUCCGUAUUUGUUGAUUUUGUGUUUAUUCUGCUGGAGCAUCAUUGUCAAAGCUUAACUGAGUCUCAACAGCGUGACCUGCUGAAGGAUCUUGGCCAACUAGCACACAAAGGAAUUCUUAAAGGCCGAGUUCUGUUCCAGAGAAACAAAGUGCCAGAGACGAUUUUAAACGCCUUGCAUUCGACCAGCAUUCCCUUCCUCUGCACCUUUUACUACAGAGAUAGAAUAAGUGUGAAGGAAAUGUUUUCCUUUAUGCAUCUCAGCUUUCAGGAGUUCUUUGCUGCUCUCUUGUACACUUUCCUUGAUGAAACAGAGGCAGAGCUUAAAUUAGAAAAGCUGCUUUCUGAUUCAUUGCAGGGCGGUUAUCAUCUGUUGCCUAUUGUCCAGUUUCUUUUUGGUCUCUCUAACAAGGCAGUCAGCGACUUACUCAUGAAGAAGCAUCAACAGGCAGUGUCUCAUGCCACAUGUGCCCAGCUGGACAAAUGGCUCUAUGAAUUUGUCUCACAAAAUACAAUCCGCUUGAAUGCACAUUUGAGCAAUUUCGCUCUUCAGUGCUUGUAUGAAGUCAAUGACAAGUACAUGGUGCAAAAUGCUAUGAAGAUUUGGGAAACAAAUGGAGUUGAAAUAGAGUUGAGUUCCUCAAAUAUGACCGAUUACCAUGCAGCAGCACAUUGUCUGCAAUUUUGUCGACGCAUCAGAAGCUUGGACCUGCAAACAAGUACAGUGGAGAAUCUAAAAAUGCUAGAAAAGGCAGUGAGGAAAUCCGAUAAACUAUGCUUAUGUGUCAGUCAUGCGUCAGAUAAUGAUGUUGCAGAUCUGAUCUUAGCUGUGGGAGACAGAAAAGACCUUCGACGUCUGAGUGUAGAAGAUGGUGCUCUUACUGACCAAAGUGUGAGAAAGAUCAUGAGCGCACUGCACAACCACAGAUCAGUGGGAAGUGUUCAUCUAUCAGUGAAGACCAUAAAUUACACCAAUACAGAAAUCUUCAUGAACCUUCUUAAGACUAAUGUGGUUUCAGAGAAACUCAGUUUAUGUGUGGCUACAAAGUGCAGGAACAGUGAAGAGAACCUCUGCUCUCAUCUUGAACUACAACAUAACUAUCUUGACAGGUGUAGGGCAUUCAGCAUAUCUGUUGAACCCAAAAAGCUGGAUUCAGAUGAUGCACUCAUUUACUCUGGACAGACUUUCAAGUCUAUCUACUUUUGUGGUAGUGACCUGACUCUAUCUGCCUUUGCCUGGAGAAAGUUUCUUCAGAUAACAAGUAAUCUAAAAAAAGGCGAAAACCCUGAGUUCCAUAAGAACAUUGAUGCACUUCUGUCGUUCCUUCCCUCCAUGCCUGACUUACAAAAUGUGAAUCUUGCUGCUAAGAACUUGAGCCAGAAGUGCGCGGCAAAGAUCCUUUCUUUCUUCUACACCAGGCCAACGCUAGAGCAUUGUUUAUUUUGGUUUGCUGUGGACAGUCUCAAGGGCAUGGGUGAAGAGGACAUCUGCUCUUUGUUGUUGAGCAUACGCAAUGGACAUUACGUGGAGAAUCUUCUCCGUCUGGAUUUAAAACCACAUGUUUGCAGUUUCAGUCCUCGCACAACCCAAAGCAUGGAGUCUACACCAGUACUUCAGGAAAUCUCACUUAGGUUUCCAUUUAUGAAAGGGGACCAUGUGGACUGGGAGGAUUUUCUCAGAAGGCUCAGCCAGUUGUGGAAAUCACUAGAAAGAUAUCCACUGUUGUCUUUUCUCCGCUCUGUGCCUGAUUUGACGGAGGUUAUGCUGUGCUUGAGCAGUCUACAUGAGAUCUGGGCUGUCAGGAUACUUUCCUUCCUCCAGGCCUGUCCAAGUCUACAAUAUUUGCAGGUGGAAGUGGACAAUGGAAGUGAAAAUCUGGGAAUAGCCAGAGGAAACGUUUUAAGGGAAGUAUAUGCAGUGAGGGAAGUUCUGUUCUUUCUAGGGUGCCAUCAUUUGGACUGGCGUAAAUCAGGGACAUUUAAUAUACAGUACACACUGCCUGAUCAUGAAGUGGUCCCCUGUAUUAUCUUCUACAUGGGAAACAGCCCAGAGAUCUACAACGUAGACUGGAGACAAUUCUUUGGAUUUUACCAUAAACUGAAAUCCCUGACUGAGCACUUAUGAAGACCUGUCCCAGGCUGCGUAUUAUUGAAUUGUGUUCUGAUCUAGUGUUUCAGUACCGAGUCAGCCAACAAUGAAUUUCAC